CAAGGCGCAGAUGAACGCACACGUUCUUUGCUUUAAAAAAAAAAAAAAAACUUUAUUGUGGAAUCCCGCCAUUUUUGCGAUGAACUGUCAAAUAGUUUUGCAAAAUAAAGUUUUUUAAUAUAAAUUGUGGUGUUGUGAGCGUGAAUUGUGAUUUGGAUUUUCGCCAAUUUUUGCUCGAAAUAAUCACAACUGCCACCACGUCCUGAACAAUUAAGCCAUGGAGAAGUUACUAACAGCCUGCAAGCUGCGUACCCCCCGAGUUGGCGAGGAGUUGUCCCGAAGCCAGUACUCCCUGGUCUCCCAAGACUUGACGGAAGAAGCUGUGCAGUUGUGGCUAGGACUACCUGAGGAAGUCAGGACUGAUUCCUCUUGGGAACUCUUCAAAAAACGCUAUGAGAGGCACGGUGGAGUCAACACACACAGGUCUUCGAAAAACGGGGCAGUGACCAAACGCCUGCCUUCAGUCAGUUCGGCGCCGCACCUACAUGAAGCUGGCAGCCAGAAUGAUGAAGUUAUGGUCCUCAAUGGUGCUAAAGGAACUAGGAUAGACACGGAGAAUAAGAAUAAGCAGGAGAGAGUAUCCGAUGAUAUGCCUUCAGGUUUGGAAACAUCGAAAAAACCUUCCAAGAUGGCACAAGCCAGACGGACAGUUAAAAUUUCAAUUUUAGUGGGAGUUUGGAUAUUCGUCACCGUAGCUUUUCUUAUGCACAGUGAAAAAGAAGAGGUUACAAGACAUUCUUCAGUCGCACCAGAAAAAAUUAAAGACUACAUAAUAGAAAAUGAUCAAAAUAAGCAGUCAGUACUUUUGAAGCUAACGGGGCCAUUUCUAUCUGAGCAAUAUGAGAAGAAAUUAAAUUAUAGUGAAAGAAAGAAUAUGCAUAAAAUGCACAUUUGGAUUGAAAAGUGGGUUGUGAACGGAAAUUCUAGUGAUGGUUUUGUCAAAUAUGAUGCGGUUCAGACCUCAAACCACUGGACGAUUCUCCUAGAAAAUCAGAUGGAAGAUUUUCACGAAAGCGAAACCCGUUCCUCCAUAUUACAAUUACCUCCUUUAUCCACUAAUACCAGUGUCCUGUCUGUCCGUUUGUCCUCUACUUCUCAUACAAUAGUUCCUUUUACAUUGAGCUAUACUUUGGACCCUUUGGACAGAACCGCGGGUUUAGUAUAUGCGUGUACACUGCUGGCUUCUUUGUAUGCUCUUAUCGUUUUUGAGGUAAUAAACAGAACGAUGGCAGCUCUCCUAUUAUCAACAGCAUCUUUAGCUGCAUUAGCUAUAGCUGGUGAAAGACCGUCCAUCCCCGAGCUGAUCUCCUGGCUGGAUGUAGAGACCCUACUUCUACUCUUCAGCAUGAUGGUCCUAGUCGCUUUCCUGGCUGAAACUGGGGUCUUUGAUUAUUUUGCUGUUCUCACUUUUCAGUUAGCAAAAGGCAAAAUUUGGCCGUUGAUCACACUGCUGUGCGUGAUAACAUCGGUAGUUUCAUUGCUAUUAGACAAUGUGACGACUGUUCUUCUUAUGACGCCAGUUACUAUACGACUUUGUGUGGUGAUGAAAUUGGAUCCAGUACCAGUUCUGCUUUCAAUGGUGAUGUUUUGCAAUCUUGGGGGAACAGCUACGCCAGUUGGAGAUCCUCCUAACGUGAUCAUCGCUUCGAACAAACAAGUUGUACAAGCUGGCAUCAAUUUCACGAAUUUUACUAUUCACAUGACCCUUGGCAUACUUUUCGUGGCUAUCCAGACUUAUUUUCAACUGCGGUUCUUAUUAAGAGACCCUAAUAAGUUAAGGAUCAGUGAGUCUGAGGAAAUACAGGAAAUCCGUCGUCAGAUUUCAAUAUGGCGUCACGCAGCCGACUCUCUCCCUCAUUUGAGCAAUGAUCACUUAAUCAUUAAGAGACGACUUGACAAAAAGAUAUCUAAACUUAUGGCUAAGUUAGAUCUUUUGGUUAAAGAGGGUAAAGUUAGGACUUGCCCUAAAAAGGACUUUGAAGCUACUCUAGCUGAUAUGAGGGAAAAGUACAAAAUAAGAGACAAGGCGCUUCUAGUCAAAUGCUCCGUCACCAUUGCUUUCGUGGUCAUAGUAUUUUUUCUCCACUCCUUACCUGAAUUCAAUCGUGUAUCCCUGGGUUGGUCGGCACUCCUAGGUGCCUUAUUGCUGCUGACACUAGCUGAUCGCGAGGAUCUAGAGCCAGUGCUGCACAGGAUCGAGUGGUCCACACUGCUGUUCUUCGCUGCACUAUUUGUCUUAAUGGAGGCUUUAUCUAAACUAGGUCUUAUAGGCUACAUUGGGGGUUGGACUGAAGCUUUAAUCCUAAGAGUGCAUGAAAAUGACCGUUUGGCAGUCGCACUGGUACUUAUGUUGUGGGUUUCAGGUAUAACAUCAGCAUUUGUAGACAAUGUUCCUUUAACGACUAUGAUGGUGAGAGUCGUGACGUCACUGGGCACCCAUCCUACGCUUAACCUGCCUAUGGCUCCGUUAAUAUGGGCACUAUCUUUUGGAGUAUGUUUGGGCGGUAACGGCACAUUAAUAGGAGCUAGUUCAAACGUGGUUUGUGUGGGGCUGGCCGAACAACAUGGCUAUAAAAUUACUUUUAUGCAGUUCUUUAAAAUUGGCUUCCCAAUUAUGAUAGGACAUUUAAUAGUGGCUACAGGCUAUCUUUUGUUGUGCCACUGCGUUUUUACAUGGCAUUGAUUUUUAGGGUUCCGUACCCGAAGGGUAAAACGGAACCCCAUUAAAGUUAAAGCUUCAUUAAAUCUAUUGCUGACACUUUUUAUCUUGUUGACAAAGAAAGAGACAGCAAUAGAUUUAAAGAAGCUUUAUCUUUAAUGGAGCUUUUUGCAACUGACGGUUUCUCACGUAAGUACCUUACAUAAUGAGGGCUAUCGUUUUUUGUUUCACCAGA